AUGGUAAUUGUUAUGUUCGAGGAUGCGUACGAUUUGGAACCACUAAGAGGUUAUCUGCGAGUUGGCCGCUGGAUUUAUCCGCUCGCUCGAUCCUUUUCUCCAAUCUACGUCUGGGGCCCCGACCGACUCGUGUUUCCAGAUCCUUUCUGCACCCUAACGGAACCCAUCUAUAUUGUUGUCCGGGUUCCAACCAUGAUGUCCCGCCAUCAGAAGGACACAUUGUGGAAUUUACUAGACGUGAGUGCCCAUGUCCGUGGUAAGUUUGCCCAGUUGACUGCGGAGCAGAUACUGGAAUUGGACAAGCUAUUUGAAUUGACCGAGCUUACUCCUGCAGAUACAUUACGGCUAGAUAGGGCUGAAGAUGAUCCGUGCCCCCCUGGCACACGAGAUUUACCCAGUUUCAGCAUCCCUGCGAUGCGACACAAACUGCUGGCUUUCGAACAGGAAAAGGGAAAACGAAGCAUCUCUUUUGCCAAUGCAACUCGGUGCACCUCAAAACAAAAGUCUACACAUCUCGGUGAGUGGGACCAUCAGCCCAAGUGCGUUAUCCCUGCCCUCCACCAGGUCAAAAAGGACCAAUUCAGUGUAUUGACGCCGUCAGAACAACAUGACAAGCGGGUUGUUUGGCCUGGAAAUCAUCCAGAUCUCAUUGUCUUGCCGCCUAUUAGGGGCAAUCUAAUGCGGCUAUACAUUCUUGGCCCAAGAGAUCCACAGCAUAUCUACAUCUUAAACGUACCGCAGUGGAUUCCUCUUGGUGAUCUCAUUUUAAAGGCGGUUGAUGAUGUUUUUCAGCAGCAAGUACGGUUAAGAAAAGAAAAGGAACAGCGUGGUAUACCGCCUAGCUUUGAUGGUCGAAAGAAACGGUUGAUAGGAGGCUGGGGAGGUGCGGAAUCACUCAAUGCUUUCGGCGUUGCAGAGAAGAAGGAAGCCAAGUGUGACGGUCCUCACCUAAAUUUGGAUACUCUUGAUCCUGCACUUAGUUUGAUGUUUCAGACUGCGUUAGGGCUACAGGACCUUGAGGCCGCGGCCGGAGUUUUUGACUACGCAGUUGAUACAUGUAAACUGGAAUUAAUUUCAUUUGAUUCAAGUUCUGCAGAGUCUGAGCGGUCCUCUCCCACUCCUUGGCUCGGUCCACUUAUUCCGCGAUGUUUGUUGGUACGAUACAGAAAACUGUCUCCAAUUUUCGCUAAGCUGAUGACGAUCAGCGCAGCAGUUGAGGGAGACCUUGUGUAUAAGAAGUACACCAACUACAUAGAGCGCAUCCACGAGGACUGUGAGCAUCAUUACCCGAAACGGAGACCUCGAAAUCCUUUGCUUGAUCCGCGGUUCCCUUAUCCUCGGGAACCAACGUCCUACAAUUUUCUGUGA